AUGGAUGAUGCUGAAACUAUUGGAAACUACCUCAAAAGUAAAGAUCCACAAAAAAUUGAUGUAGAAUCGAUAUCUUUGAGGCAGACUCCUGCUACUUUACAUGAUUUUGCUGUAAAAUGUUCAAAUUCUGAUGCAUCUUAUCUCAAUGGAACUGUUUUUCUGAUGAACAAGAGUCUAUUUUCACUAUAUGCCACCCAGAAUCAAGAAAACAAAUCAUUAAUCCGAAAUUCACUUAUCGAAAUCAGCAAAACAAAUUUAGAUGACUUAGAUUCAUCAACAAUUGUCCAACUUACAUCUAAUAUUUUCAGGACAGAAGAGUUUAAUUGGCCAGAACUUAUUGAUUUUAUUCUAGAAUCCCUAUUUACGACUCACAAAGGAAGAUUAUUCAUCAAAAUCACAUCAUUACUCAAAGCAUUCUAUGAUGAAGCCCAUUUAUCCAAAGCAUACAAUGCAAUUACGAACUACAUGGCUUCCCAAGAUCCAAGAUUACAACUUUCUUUAAUAAUUUUACUUAAUAACAUGAACAACAGUCGUAUUUUUGAUGACAACAUUGAACUAUUCGACAACAUGUGGUCAGCGAUCAUCAAUAUCUCCAAGAAUCUCCCUCAGCGUAUCUCAUCAUGUGUAUCUACAACUGCAGAGCUAUUUAAGUCAUUACCAAGUAUCUCACAGCUUAAUUCCAAGUCAUGUUCCAAUAUCGUACUAUCAGCCAAUGAUUUUGACUCGUUAAAACCGAUAAUUCCAUUCUUACACAUCAUAAACACUGAUUUACUGUCAAUUGUGAUUACUAAACUACUUAUCUUGAUAGAGACACAUGAAACAUAUUCAUCAUUUGUACUAGAUAUCAUUACAUAUCUUUGUUCGCAAGAAAACGAGUUUAUUCCUGAUGAAAAACUUGAAAUCAUUUAUUCCAAACUUUUAGACAGUUUACCAAACAAACCAGCCAUGGCGUUGUUUGUUCCUUAUUGUCCAUUCAUCUCCGAAUACUUUGAUGAAGAAGAGUUCUAUUUAAUUCUCAAAGAACUGUUGAUUUCUGAUGAUGAAUUAUUCCACACAUUUGGACUUUUAUGUCUUGAAAACAUUGGAGAUCAUUCUGAAUAUUAUUCACUUACAAUUCCUUCCAAAGUGAUUUCUCUUGUCAUUAGAACACUCCCCAACAAACUAUCUAUAGAUACAAUCAAGAGUUUGAUCAAAUCAGGAUUGUUUGAUCAUGAAAAAUCUGUUUAUGACUUAGCAAAUCAUUAUUACAAAAUUUCUAAUGACAAAGAAUGUAUUUUUGAUUUGUUUAGAUUGUAUUUGAAGACACCUAUAUCUAAGGAUUUAACUAUUGAUGCGAUUUACGAUUUCGCUUAUUUAACAUUGUUGAAAUCCCAGGAUUUACGUGAAAUUGGAAAUUGUUUAUCAUUAAUUUCAGGAACUUCUUUGUUUGAUUGCGAUUGUUUCGCUCCUUGCGCUGAAGAUUACAUUCCUUACAUUCUUAAGUUGUUUAAUAACAAUGUAAUGAUAGAAUACGCGUUAGAAAACCUUUCUUAUUGUCUUAGAUGCGAAGAAGAACUCGCAAAAGACGUUUGCGAAUCAAGGAUGAAUCAAAUCAUGAAAUUUGCUGAAAUUUAUCCUUCUUCAAUUUCAUCAGUAAUUUUGAUUUGUUGCUUACUUAAGAACGACAAAUGUCUUGAGAAAUGUAUAGACAUGAUCAAGAAUAUCAAAGAUCCUGAGUUAUUAUACGAAGUCAGCGUUAAUUCAGCAGAAAACUUAGAAUAUCCUGAUGAUUCGAAAUUUGCUUUUGACAUUUUCCAAAUUUUGAUUGAUCAAUCUCUCGUUGUUUGUGAGAAUGAUAAGUUGAAUUGUAUAUUGGAUUCUAUCAUCGAUAUGAUGAAUAACUACUUGAUUGAUGAAUCCCUACUUCAUCCACUUUAUAUAUCUUUCAUGUCAAUGAAACAUCCUGUUUUUAAUGCACAUGGUUUUGCUGUUUUUUCUGAUGAAAAAACAAGAAUUUUGUCAUUUUUGGCAAAUUACGCUAAAUACAAUGAAGAAAGCAAAUCGGAAGUAUCUAAUACUAUUUGUUCAUGGUUUAGUUUGUCUAAAUUCAGCAUGAUGUCUUGUUUCACAGAUGUCAUUGCUGAGUUAGUCGAAUUCGAUGUAAUUGGAGAUGAAUACAAACGAUUUUAUGACAUUUUGUUUUCGAAUUUGAGUUCGGAUGAAACACUUGAUGACAGUAGAAUAUUGAGAGCAAUGAUGUGCAUUGUAAGGAUCUACACAGAGUCUAUUGAAAUUGAUCUAUUGACAGCACAUUUAAUCAACAUGUGGUACGAAACAGAAGAAAUAUCUGGUCCAUGGAGAAGUUCCCUUGGAACAUCUAUUUUAGAAUUAUGUGCUUUAGGUGCUGAUGCAAUGACUGAAGACAUUGAAGAUGUUUUAGUUGAUUUCCCAUUUACAUCUGACUUCUGUUGUUGCGAUAUUGCUUGCGAAUCAUUGGUAGAAAUUGUUAAGAAUGAUAAGUUUGAUGAUUUAGUUCCAAGUGCCGCAAAAUCAAUGUGUGAUGUCGCAAUAAAUAAUGAUGCUUAUUUGUGCAAGAUGGGAAUUCUAAAGGAUACUGUUCACCACAUGAAAGAAGAGCUUAAGAAUAUAUUUGAUAGAUACGGAGUAUUGGUUGAUGAGUUUAGGAAGAUAUACCAAGAAGGAAAGGAAACUGAUUUAACAAAGUAUAAUAGAAUGAUAGAUGACUUAAAACUAAAUAAAUAA